AUGUCAGUGUGUUCACCUCUGCCUCCUCCCUCACACCGCAAGACACUGUUCAUCUAUUUCACCUUUUCUAGCAGCAGUGGUACGCAUCAUAGUGUUCACCUCUCCUCCCUCCCUCACACUGCAAGACACUGUUCAUCUAUUUCACCUUUUCUAGCAGCAGUGGCGAUUACGCAUCGUAAUAGUGUUCACCUCUGCCUCCCUCCCUCACACUGCAAGGCACUGUUCAUCUAUUUCACCUUUUCUAGCAGCAGUGGAGUGAUGCAUCAUGUGUGUUCACCUCUGCCUCCCUCCCCCUCACACUGCAAGGCACUGUUCAUCUAUUUCACCUUUUCUAGCAGCAGUGGAGAUUACGCAUCGCACUGUUCAUCUAUUUCACCUUUUCUAGCAGCAGUGGAGAUUACGCAUCAUGUAGUGUUCACCUGCCUUCCCUCCCUCACCUCAAAGACACUGUCUAUCUAUUUCACCUUUUCUGGCAGCAGUGGAGAUCAGCAUCGUUCAGUGUUCACCUUUUCCCUACACUGCAAGACACUGGGUGCAGCAGUGCAUCGCAUCAGUGGCGAUUGCAUCGUGUUCACCUCUGCCUCCUCCCUCACUGCAAGGCACUGUUCAUCUAUUUCACCUUUUCUAGCAGCAGUGGAGAUUACGCAUCGUAAUAGUGUUCACCUCUGCCUCCCUCCCUCACCUUUCUGCAAGGCACUGUUCAUCCUGUUUCACCUUUUCUUUCAGCAGCAGUGGAGUCGCGCAUCCUCCCUCCCCACACUGUGGAAUUACGCAUCGUAUUACGCCAGUGUUCACCUCCCUGCCUCCUCCCUCCACUGCAAGGCACUGUUCAUCUAUUUCACCUUUUCUAGCAGCAGUGGAGAUUACGCAUCAUUAGUGUUCACCUCUGCCUCCUCCCUCACACUGCAAGACACUGCACUGUUCAUCAAGAGCACUGUUCAUCUAGUGUUCACCUCUUCCCUCCUCACACACUGCAGCACUGUGCAGGUAUUUAAGCAUCGCAGUUCACCUCUGCCUCCUCCCUCCCUGCACACUCUGUUCAACUAUUUCACCUUUCCCUGGCGAUUACGCAUCCAGCAUCUAGUGUUCACUUGCUCUCCUUCCUCACACUGCAAGGCACUGUUGGCGAUUACCUUUUCUAGCAGCAUCAUCGUAAUAGUGUUUCUCUGCCUCCCCUCCCUCACACUGCAAGACACUCAGCAGUGGGGAUUACGCAUCAUGUUUCACCUCUGCCUCCCUCCCUCACACUGCAAGACACUGUUCAUCCAUUUCACCUUUCUAGCAGCAGUGGAGAUCGCGCAUCAUAACAGUGUUCACCUCUGCCUCCCUCCCUCACACUGCAAGGCACUGUUCAUCUAUUUCACCUUUUCUAGCAGCAGUGGAGAUUACGCAUCAGCCAAUAGUGUUCCUCUGCCUCCCUCCCUCACACUGCAAGGCACUCAGCAGUGGAGAUUACGCAUCGUAAUAGUGUUCACCUCUGCCUCCCCUCCUCACACUGCAAGGCACUGUUCAUCUAUUUCACCUUUUCUAGCAGCAGUGGAGAUCACGCAUCAUAAUAGUGUUCACCUCUGCCUCCCUCCCCCGUGCACCUCAGUGGCGAUUAAGCAUCUUAAUAGUGUUCCACCUCUCCUCCCUCCCUCACUGCAAGGCACUGUUCUAUCUAUUUCACCUUUUCUAGCAGCAGUGGAGAUUACGCAUCGUAAUAGUGUUCACCUCUGCCUCCCUCUCUCCCUGCAAGACGCAUUCAUCCAUUUCACCUUUUCUAGCAGCAUGUUCACCUCUGCUCUCCCUCCCUCACACUGCAAGGCACUGUUCAUCUAUUUCUCCUUUCUAGCAGCAGUGGCGAUCGCGCAUCGUAAUAGUGUUCACCCUGGCCUCCCUCAGACACUUUUAUUCAUUUCACCUUUUCCAGGUAAGACACUGUUCAUCUAUUUCACCUUUCCCUCAGCAGCACUGUUGUCGAUUACGCAUCGUGGAAUACGCAGUAGUGUUCACCUCUGCCUCCCCCCCACACUGCAAGACACUCAGCAGUGGAGAUUACGCAUCGUAAUAGUGUUCACCUGCCUCCCUCCCUCACACUGCAAGGCACUGUUCAUCUAUUUCACCUUUUCUAGCAGCAGUGGCAGAUUACGAGAUAGUGUUCACUGCCUCCCCUCCCCACACUGCAAGACACUGUUCAUCUAUUUCACCUUUUCUAGCAGCACCAAAUGCAUAGUGUUCACCUCUGCCUCCCCUCCACACUGCAAGACACUGUUCAUCUAUUUCACCUUUUCUAGCAGCAGUGGAGAUUACGCAUCGCACUGUUCAUCUAUUUCACCUUUUCUAGCAGCAGUGGAGAUUACGCAUCGUAAUAGUGUUCCUCUGCCUCCCUCCCUCACACUGCAAGACACUCAGCAGUGGCGAUUACGCAUCGUAAAUACCCUCCUCCCUCCCUCACACUGCAAGCCUGUUCAACUAUUUCACCUUUCCUCCCAUCACACCGCCUCCUCCCUCACAAGGCACUGUUCGUCUAUUUCACCUUUUCUAGCAGCAGUGGAGAUCGCGCAUACUAGUGGCGUUCAAUUCUGCCUCCCUCGCUCACACUGCAAGGCACUGUUCAAUCCAUUUCACCUUUCUAGCAGCAGUGUCGAUUACGCAUCGCAACAGUGUUUACCUCUGCCUCCUCCCUCACACCGCAAGGCACUCAGUGCAGAGAUUACGCAUCGUAAUAUGUAUUCACCUCUAAACAGCAACCUCCCUCCCGCUCACACUGCAAGGCACUCAGCAGCGAUUACGCAUCGUAAUACAGCAAACCUCUGCCUCCCCCUCCCUCACACUGCAAGACACUGUUCAACUAUUUCACCUUUUUUAGCAGCAGUGGCGAUUACGCAUCGUAAUAGUGUUCACCUCUGCUCCCCCCUCCCCCCUCAAGGCAAGACUGUUCAUCAUUUCACCUUUUUAGCAGCAGUGGGGAUUACGCAGACAGCAGUGGCGAUUACGCAUCGUAAUAGUGUUUACCCUCUGCCUCCCUCCCCACACUGCAAGACAAACAGCAACUAUUUGGACUUUCACCCCAGCAUAAGUAUUACGCAUCGUAAUAGUGUUCACCUCUCCUCCCCCCUCACACUGCAAGGCACUACGCACUACUGUUCAUCUAUUUCUGAGGCAGAGAAUUACGCAUCGCACAGUGUUCACCUCUGCCUCCCUCCUCCCUCACACUGCAAGGCACUGUCCAUCUAUUUCACCUUUUCUAGCAGCAGUGGAGAUUACGCAUCAGUGUUCAUCUCAGUGUUCACACUGCAAGACACUGUCCUAUUUCCCUUUUCUAGCAGCACGAUUACGCCUCAGCAGUGGAGAUCGCAUCGUAAUAGUGUUCUACCUCCUGCCUCCCCUCCCCACACACUGCAAGGCACUGUUCAUCUUCCAGCUUUUCAGCAGCAGGAGAGAUUACGCAUCGCAAUAGUGUUCACCUCUGCCUCCCUCACACUGCAACACUGCAACUAUUUCACCUUUUUAGCAGUGGAGUUCGAAUCUAUUUCACUGCCUCCUUCCCCUCACACUGCAAGACACUCAGCAGUGGAGAUUACGCAUCGUAACAGAGUUCACCUCUGCCUCCCUCCCCUCACACUGCAAGACACUGUUCAUCUAUUUCACCUUUCUAGCAGCAGUGAGACGCACACUCAGCAGUGGAGAUUACGCAUCGCAACAGUGUUCACCUCUGCCUCCUCCUCACACUGCAAGGCACUGUUCAUCUAUUCUACCUUUUCUAGCAGCAGUGGAGAUUACGUAUCGGCCAGUGUUCACUUGCCUCCCCCUCCUCACACUGCAAGGCACUGCUCCAUUCAUUUCACCUUUCUAGCAGCAGUGAGUCUGCGCAUCGUAAUAGUGUUCACCUCUGCUUCCCCUCCCUCACACUGCAAGACACUGUCUAUCUAUUUCAAUUUUCUAGCAGCAGUGGAGAUCGCGCAUCGUAACAGUGUUCACCUCUGCUCUCCCUCACACUGCAAGGCACUGUUCAUCUAUUUCAUCUUUUCAGCAGCAGCGGAGAUCGCGCAUCGCAGCCAGUGUUCACCCCUGCCUCUCUCCCUCAGCACUGCAAGGCACUGUUCAUCUAUUUCACCUUUUCUAGAGGCAGAGAAUACGCAUCAUACAAGAUUACCUCCUCCCUCCCAACCAUUUGGAUCUAUUUCACCACCAUAA